CCUGAUCAGCUGACAAAUGGUCUCCUAGGCCAACAGAUGUACUCCGCUCCUCACCCGCCCCCACAAGGAGUUGCUGAACUGUCGCUCCGGGAUGACUCUGCCCAUGGUGGAUAAGGCGAUGGCUUGCGAACUUUCUAGUCUGCGCUCUUCUGCCGGGACCUCUAGAUAAACUAAUGAGCCAUUUCUUGUUACGUGAUCUGCUACGAAAAUGGCAUGCCGGGCGAUCGAGAGCUGGACCUUGUGCUCUCUGGUGGGUUCCUACCUCGAUCUCGCCCUCGCCUACCUUUUCCUCUGCGCCUCCACCCUCGCCUUUCUUGCCUCCAAGUUCUUGUCUGUGUUCGGGCUCGCGCUGCCCUGCUCCUGCAACGGUCUCUUCGGGCGGCAGCCCCGGUGCCUUCAGGGCCUUCUCAUCGACUACCCUGCCAACAAAAUCGCGGCCGUCCACAUGUCCCUGCGCAGCCGAUUUCCCUUUGAUUGCCUCCGCAGACCCAGCAGCUGCCUUCGCUACGAUGUCAAGUUCAUGACCGAUGACGGCGGCGGCGGCGGCGGCGGGGGACAGCGCCUCUCGGAGAUGGGCGGAGGGGAGGAGGAGUCGUGGGCCUCCGCCUCUUAUGAUCCUCGCAGCUCCAAGGAUUUGAGCCUGCUAAGCCCUACGCCGGCGGGUGGACUGGAGUCGGUGCCCUCUCCGAGAAGAGCCUCCCUGGAUGUCAAGGGUAAAGGGGUCCUCCUCGGGAAGAGGCCACCGUUCGUCACCCGCCGGCGUUGCCGCCGGAGACCUCCUCCCAGUCGCCGAGGGAAGUCCCCAUCCGCCGCGUCCCCUUCUCCGCCUCUGCAGUUGUGUUGGAAAGGGGAGGGCACUCCCCGCACGCCCUUCAACAUCAACGGCCAAGUGCAGAUGUUUGAAGAAAAAGGAGAUGGUCGUUACCUUUUUGAUGAAUGCCUUGGAUUGGUUGAAGGAGCUGCUUCUGCUAAUGAAUGUAAUUUUAUGGAGAAGAAUGUAUCAGCUAGUGCUAAAGAGGUUGGCGGAUCUGAGGAAAAUGUCACUAGUGUUAUAAGAAAUUUGCAGCGGGCACUUAAAGAAGAGCAGUCCACUCACGUGGCUCUCUCUCUUGAAUUGGAGAAAGAGAGGAAUGCUGCUGCUACUGCUGCUGAUGAAGCCAUGGCGAUGAUACUACGUCUCCAGAGGGAGAAGGCAAAGAUUGAGAUGGAAGCUCGGCAGUACCGAAAUAUUGUUGAAGAGAAGUCUGCAUAUUAUGAAGAAGAGAUGAUGAUUCUAAAGGAGAUCAUUGUUAGGCGGGAAAGAGAGAAACAUGUCUUGGAGAAAGAAGUUAAAGCUUAUUGGCAAAUGAUGCUUGAUGGUGGCGAGCAGCAAUCUGACAGCGAUCUGCAUGAUAUGACACAGCUGAUGGGUCAGAGGUCUUGUUCUUCAUUUGAUCCACUUGAUGACCCUAUCCCGAUAUUACAACAGAUCUAUGAAUCCAUUGAAAAGAAGGAAAAGGUGAACACUAUGUUCCAACAAGUUGGUGAUAGUGGGCCUUUAGUUGCUGAGAGACAUAGUUGUGCUACUGGUUUUGGCAGUGAAUCAGUGUUACUGUCCUUGGAUGAAAAUGCUGGCUAUUCAAUUCAUGGGUAUGUUAAGAAGGAUGAUAGUAUUGAGAGGCAUCAGGAAGAAGUUUCAAAUAUUGAAGGUGAAGGGAACAUCCAGUUUCAGGAGAAGGGCAUGGUCACAAUGCAAAACCUAUGUAAGCUAAAUAGAUCCCAAGAGUGUGGAUCUGAUGAAGUUACCUCACAUUUGAUUGAUGAAGAUUGUACAAGGGUCAGCGAAAUUGAGAUGAGUCUUCCUUUGGAUAAAUCAUAUAGGGCCGGUGGUCAAACAUCCGAUCAAAGAGAUGAUGGUUUAUCUCAGUUUGAGACUGAAGAACGCACAUAUGAUGUACAUGUCAUUGAUGACAAAAUUAAUUGGGAUGGUGAGGGAGAUGAAAAGGAAAUAGACCUUUCUAAGAAAGGAUGUGCUUCAGGCACAUUUGGGGAUAGUAAUAUGAAAAAUAAAUUAUAUGGAGCUAACUCAGUUUACUGUACAACUAGUAAUUCAGUUUCAAGAUGGACAAAUGGGGAACUAAACAUUCACAGAAGUUGCUCAGACAUGACAAAUGGGGGGAAAUUGAUGGGCAGUUCAUUUGACAAAGCUUCAUGGUUUGAUUUGAGGAGGCAUUCGGUGUCUGCAGCUGACUAUGAAAGGUAUAUACUAGAAAAUGAAGUUGAGCGAUUAAGGAAAAGACUAAAGAUCAUUCAACAAGGAAGAGAACAGUUGAGUUCUUCUGUAGAGCGCAAGGAGAAGGAAUCUGACAGCUUGCUGCUCUUAGAGGAAAUAUCACAUCAACUUCAAGAGAUCAGGCAAGUAACAGAACCUGAGAAAAAUGUUCACCAGGCCUCUUUGAUACCUAUAUCAUCCAAGGCUAAUUUGAAAAAAAGGCGUUGUUGCUGUGUUUCUCGGGGACUGAAUGAUAGCACAUAAUUUGCAAAAGGUUAAAAAUGACAUGCUGGAUCAGAGCUGACGCUUGAACUGCUACAGAUUGGACAAGGAUGAUUUUGUUUGCUUGAAGUUGUGGCGAUGCUAUGUGUUUGAUAAUUCUUGUUAAUACUACGGUGUUUCCAAGAUAAUCUAACAAAUGUGGGGCUUAACUGAGCUCAAUCGUUAUAUUCAAGAACUACCUUGAAGAUGAUCGUAGGGGGAACGCAUAUAACCAGUUUGGUAUGAACAUAUACUGACCUCACGUGUGAGCAAGACAUGAAUUAUCUCCUAGAAGUAUGGUGUUUGUCUUGGGACUUCCUGAUUUUGUACAGCUUUGCAUUAAGGUUUGGUAAGUGCUAUUUGUGUUGUAUAAGUGAAAAAAGCUAGGGAUUAAUGUCAGCUUUAUUGUUGUUGUUACAUUUUUGUACCUCUGCAAACAGUAUUGGCUAUAAUUUAAUUAAUGAAGUUUAAUAAACAAAUUUUCUAUCUAGCUGAAA